AUGGUCUACAUCCCCUUCGUCGCGCUCUCCUUCGCGGCCGUCGCGCCCCUCGUCAGCGCCUACCCCAUCACCGGCGACGAGGUCCACUGCCGCUCCGGGCCCGGCACCAACCACGAGGUGGUCAAGUCCUACAAGAAGGGCGAGGACAUCAAGGUGACAUGCCAGGCCAGCGGCACCGAUGUCAAGGGCGAUGAGCUCUGGGACAAGACCUCGGAUGGCUGCUAUGUCGCCGACUACUACGUCAAGACCGGCACGACCGAUGCUGUCACUGAGACGUGCAAGGGCGGCAGUGGUGGUGAUGAUGAUGGCAAUGAUGGCGGAAGCAGCGGCGGCAAGCUGCCGGGACUUUCUUCGAAGCAGUCCUCGCACGCCCGGGAGAUCAUCGGCGUCGCUAAGAAGGAGGAUCUGGGGCACCGUGGGUGCACGGUGGGCAUUACCACUGCUCUUGUUGAGUCCGAAAUCAAGGUCUACGCCAACUCCAAAGUCCCCGCCUCCCUCAACUACCCCCACGACGACGUCAGCGCCGACUACGACAGCGUCGGCAUCUUCCAGCAGCGUGUGAGCAUCUACAAGGAUCUCGCUGCUGACAUGGACCCUGCCAAGUCUGCUGCUCAAUUCUUUAAGAAGAUGGCCGGCGUCGAUGGCUGGAAGUCCAUGUCUGUUGGCAAGUUGUGCCAAACUGUUCAGGGCUCUGCUUAUCCCAGCCGCUAUGAGAAGCGUGUUGAUGAGGCUGAGAAGAUUUGCAAGGCUGGUGGGCUGUAA